AUCACAGAACCAGAAUUAUAAUAAAAGGCCCUCUCUCCCUCUCUCUCUCAUUAGGAAUUGGCAGCCCCCGUUUCUUCCCCCUUUCUAUUCUCUUCCAUUUUUCAAUCCUCCAGCCCUAUUAUUACUCUCCGAUCCGAUCCGAUCCGAUUCGAUGGCGGCGGCAUUCCGGGCAAGAGCUGGAUUAACAAUUGUCACCCACCUCGUUAAAUCCCUACCCCGCUCCUCCAAUUCUCGAUGCUUAAGCGGCAUCGUCGCCCCAGAAGUCGUUUCUUCUCAUACCGCCAAAUGGAUGCAGGAUACUGGUAAAAAAUCUCCUAUGGAGUUAAUCAAUGAGGUCCCACCUAUCAAAGUGGAAGGGCGGAUUGUUGCUUGCGAAGGAGAUGAUGAUCCAGCUCUUGGGCAUCCAAUAGAGUUCAUAUGCCUGGACAAGGAAGAGCCAGCAGUGUGCAAGUAUUGCGGGCUACGGUAUUUGCAAGAUCAUCACCACCAGCAUUAGAUUAGGAGAGGAUGGUGAUGCAGUGAGCAGAUAGUGCAAGCAAAAUUUGGGUCAAACAAUGGGGAAUGAGAUUGUGUGUGCGUGUGCACGUCUGCUGCCCUGCCCUCCCUACCCUAAAAUACAAAUGAUAAGAAUAAUAAAUAUUCUGAACACCUCAAAUUGGUUGAUAUCUCUCUUAGGGAGUCUAACAACCUCUCCUGGAAUCCAUCCAGUUUCUAUGCCAUUCCUUGUCCCCGUCCUGUCCUCUCUUCUCCUCUCACAGUAGAUGGGUGAGGAGGACAUGUUCUUGUUUGUUUUACUUGCUGUAUUGUCGUUUCUACCAUCAUCACCAUCUUUGUUAUUGUUAUUAUGAUUAUGAAUAAUGAGAAUUUAAGAGACA